UAAACAAGAACAUCUGUUAAGUGCCCCGCCCUCUGCGAGAGUCAGCGGCGCGAUAAUAGAUUGAGAGCAGAGAAGCCACACACACAGAUGAGCAGCAGACAGACGCGCCACACUCCCGGAUCCCCCGCUGGAGCGCACCUGAAGGAUAAGCAUGACGUUUAAUGCAAUUGAAAGCUACACCAAAGCAUAUGAGAGUUUCAAUAACGCUUCACUUCACCUUGAGACACAGUCCAAUAGCACGUGUGCAUUAUCAGAAAGCUGGCAAUGGAUAUUCUCUUUCCAACCAAUUUACAUGUGGAUAGUAUUUGUGCUUGGCUUUAUAGAGAACAUGUUCGUCCUUAUGGUCUUCCUGCUACAUAAAAAUCGCUGUACUGUGGCUGAAAUUUACCUUGCAAACCUGGCAGCUGCGGACUUACUCCUUGUAUGUGGCUUACCAUUCUGGGCCAUUAAUAUUUCCAGUGGAUUUAAAUGGCCCUUUGGAAGCUUUCUUUGUGUUUUCAUCAAUGGGCUGAUUGUUUUGAACCUAUUUGGCAGCAUUUUUUUCCUUAUGAUGGUAAGCAUCGACCGAUAUUUGGCACUUGUCAAGACCAUGUCGUUUGGAAGAAUGAGAACAGGGAGAUGCGCAAAGAUAAACUGCCUGAUCAUUUGGAUAUUUGCAGUAAUUGCAAGCCUGCCCAAAACAAUUUUCAGAAGAGUCCGAUAUUUCCCUGAGUUCGGUGUCAUGGCCUGCGUAAUUGACCCUCCGUUUCCAAACUGGAAUGUUGUCACGGGAUUACUGCUAACUAUUAUUGGCUUCCUUAUACCUUUAACUGUUAUUUUAUAUUGCAGUUUCCAUAUAAUGAAAGUUUUAAGGAACAAUUCAAUGCAAGAAUUUAAGGAAAUUAAUAAAGAAAAGAAGGCCUCGGUCUUGGUCUUGGUCGUUCUUUUAGUGUUCAUCAUCUGUUGGCUUCCCUUCCACAUUACUAUUUUUAUUGAUACAUUGCAUAUGCUGGAACUGCUCCCCGGGUGUGCAAUGAGUAAUUUAAUCGAAAUUGCCACCCAAAUCUCAUCAUACCUAGGCUACAGCAACAGUUGCAUCAAUCCACUGCUCUAUGUUAUGGUUGGAAAUCAUUUCCGGAAGAAAACCAAGGAGGUGUAUAAUCAAUUUCGGAUACGGAAGCAAAGAGGGAGGAAUGCGUCUAUUCCCACAGAUUUUACAGCAGAUACUAUACGUACUUCCAUCUCAAUGGGACCACAGAAGAACAGGAUAUUGAUUUGAGGCUCAUAAAAUGUUUUAGUUAUAAAAGAGACAUAUCUAAUGUUGGAUAAAACAAGUACUAUUAAUAAGCUAUUAUUAUUUAUUUGCCAUUUUAAGCAUUCUGAAUAUAUCAUCCAAAAUGAUUUCUGAUCAUUUAAAUCUCACCAGUUUUGAUACUAUUGAAUGGUGCCACUUGCAUGCUUUAUAGCUCCGCCAUUGUUUCUGUUCUUCUGAUUCCAUCCUCCAAUUUCCCAUUUGUUUGGCAGUUACAUCAACAUUUCAGCAUUCAAUUAUCAUUCAGCAUCCAAUUAUCCAAAUCUUGGUAACAGAAAGUUCUUUUCUUUGACUGUUGGUGGAUGCUGGAAGCUCACAGUUGGGAAGUUUCUUUUUGAGAUAAAAUUAAGUUUAGCUUUACUAUCCACAAAAACCUUAGUACCGCUAUUCCUACCAAUAUUCCUACUUUAUAUCUCUGCUAAUGAUCGAGCUUACAACUAGUGAUGAGUAAAAUGUUUUGUCAGGUCUCUCCCCGUGAAAAAAAUGCACAUAGACUAUAAUGUAUAGUGAUAAAAAAAGUUGUGCAAAAAUGCACCCUUUGACUUCAAUGCGUUCAUUCAGUGCGUUCAUAAUCAUUUAGGCCACUCCACAGUCUAUGCUAGUGGCCAUGCUUUUUGACUGGGUAUGAAUGAAAUGUGUGGCCAUUUGAUGCAAGCUUUAUGCAUGCAUUCUUAAUAUCCAACAGUCCUGACCUUACCAGUUUAUUAGGUUGAGACUACUCCAUAUCUCAAGAUUUAAAUUUAGCUUGUUUCCAAUCAAACUUUAGAAUAAUUGCAUGUUCAGUUCUUAUAGCCCAAAUCAGUCCUUCAAAGAGACACUUAUUAAAUAAAAAGUCAUGCAUGAAACGAAUCUGAAAGAAUCUAAACAUAUGUAACUGUAUACGGAAAACUUAACCAUACAUAAAAUUACAUGAUCUGUUUUUAGAAAGACAAGGGUAAACUAUUUUUCUUUCAAUUCUUUGCUCCUUUACUGCUGAAUAUGGUACUUGCUGCUGAGGUACACGAGUUCUCACAAAUAUGCAGGUGUGGGACCUGUUAUCCAGAAUGCUUGGGACCUGGGGUUUUCCAUAUAAUGGAUCUUUCUGUAAUUUGGAUCUUCAUACUUCUUAUUCUGCUAGAAAAUCAUGU